AUGACAUCUAAGGCCGCUCGAGCCGAAAAAAGGAAGCUGGCCAAGCCAUUCCGGUCGACAACAGUUGAUGCUGGCCUCGCGCAGGAGCGCAGUCUCUCAUGGAAGGAUCGUAAGAUACUGUUCGUGGUGAUGAUUAUUGCUUGCGUUGUUCGCCUGUACAAGCUCAACUGGCCUAACGCCGUUGUGUUCGACGAAGUCCACUUUGGUGGCUUUGCACGUAAAUACAUCAUCGGCCGUAUGUUUUUUGAUGUGCACCCACCUCUGGCCAAGAUGCUCUUUGCUGUUGUAGGCUGGCUGGGAGGCUACGAUGGAGAGUUCACGUUCGAGAACAUUGGCAUGAGUUACGAGGGCCACACCGUCCCUUAUGUGACCAUGCGUCUUUUCCCUUCUCUUAUGGGCCUCAUGACCAUUGGUCUCUGCUUUUCAACUCUCCGGGCUUCCGGUGUUCGCACUGGUAUUGCAGGAAUCGCUGCCCUGCUGCUCACGUUUGAAAACACCCACGCAACCGAGUCGCGUUACAUUUUGCUCGACUCUCCUUUGCUGUUUUUCAUUGCUCUCACGGCUUACAACUUCAAAAAGUUCGAGAACGAGGUGCCGUUCGGCAAGAAUUGGUAUCGCUACUUGUUUUUGACGGGCAUUGGUCUCGCGACCACCGUCUCGUCAAAGUGGGUUGGCCUUUUCACCAUCGCCUGGGUCGGUGUGCUCACCGUCUGGCAGUUGUGGUGGAUCUUUGGCGAUCUGUCCGUUCCCUUGUCUCGCUUCGCUAAGCAGUUUGCUUGGAGAGCUAUUUGUCUCAUUGCUGUGCCUAUCGUGUUCUACAUGGGUAUGUUCUGGCUGCACUUCUUCUGUGUUGACAAUGACGGUGCAGGUGCAGACUUUAUGCCCCGCGAAUUCCAAGCCCACCUCAAGCACAAUUCUGUUCCCGCCAACAUUCCUGCUGAUGUGUACUUAGGAUCCAAGAUUAGCAUUCGUCACCUCAAUACUGCCGGUGGUUACCUGCACUCUCAUCCUUACCUAUAUGAGACUGGCUCAAAGCAGCAGCAGAUUACCCUGUACCCUCACAUUGACGAGAACAACGUCUGGCUGGUUGAGAACUCCACAGAGGUCGAUCUCACUACGAACCACCUCCUUAAGGAUAACGAUGUGAUCAGAUUAUUCCACGUCGAGACUCAGCACCGUCUCCACUCUCACGACCACAGACCCCCUGUCACCACCCACGACUACCUCAAUGAGGUUUCGGCUUACGGUUUUGAGGGAUUCGAGGGUGAUGCAAAUGAUAACUGGCGCAUUAAGAUCAUUGACAAGCAGUCCGUCGGUGAGGGCAAGGACCAUGUCCAGGCUAUUCGCACUAUCUUCCAGUUGGAGCACACCAUGACUGGCUGCCUUCUGUACUCCAAGAAGUCCAAGCUUCCUGAGUGGGGCUUCAGCCAGCAGGAGGUUGCUUGUAUCAAGAAUGGCCGCCAGCCUAACACGCUUUGGUUUGUAGAGCAAAACGAGCUCCCUGCUUCUGUAGAAGCCAGUGAGCUUGUCUCGUACCCAAAGAUGAGCUUCUUGUCCAAGUUCUUUGCUAUGCAAGGAGCUAUGUGGCGCGUCAACAAGGGUUUGACCGAGUCCCACCCUUGGGAGUCGCGUCCCGAGUCGUGGCCCAUUCUGCGACGCGGUAUUAACAUGUGGGGCGCCUUCCACCGCCAGGUUUAUCUCCUGGGCAACCUACCUAUUUAUUGGGGCAUUGUCUUGUUAAUUGUGCUCUACGUGUGUGUCAAGGUUGUUCAGAUCAUCAAGUGGCAGCGGGCCGAUGGUACCCUUCUUGCCAUUACCGGCCAGAAGCCAGAGGAGUCUGCAACUUGCAAAGACUGGGCGAAAUUCGACGCCAACUUCGGUUCAUACUUGUUGGGUUGGGCUUUGCACUAUUUCCCGUCUUUCUUGAUGGUUCGCCAAUUGUUCCUCCAUCACUAUUUGGCAAGUGUCUACUUUGGUGUUCUCGCCAUUGGGCAAGCCAUGGAGCUCGUUGUCGCCGUCGUCAAGCCUGCUAUGCUUGGCCGCGCUAUUGUCGCUCUGUUCGCCGUUGCAUCGAUUGCUUGGUUCGCUUGGUACUCUCCUCUCAUUUACGGUACCCCUUGGCUCCAGGAUGUCUGUCACAAGUCCAAGUUCGCUGAUAUGGACUUUGAUUGUUAUACCUUCUUUGGAACCAAAGAGGAGUAUACGGAGUACGAUGCCACAGCAUUCUUGCCAGAGGCCACUCCCUCGUCUGCUGGAGAGCCUGAGGAUACCGAUAGGGCCCCAGAGACGUUCCAGAAUGAUGGAGGAAAUGCUGUUGGCCAGGACACUAGUGCUGAGCCUGAGCCUUCUGUCGAGACACUGAUCAAUGAAGAGCCACCUCAAGGCGAGAUCAUGUUCGAGAGUGAUAACGGUCAAACUGCUGAAGAAGUGGUCGAAGAGGUUUACGAGCAAGAUGUUUCCAACCAGGUAGAAUAA